CACUCGGCUGCGAGGUCUGGUUACUUUUAUAAUUCACAUAACCCUGAAAACCCUAGUAUAUAAAUCUCUCUCCAGCGUCACUCUGUUGUUUCUCUAAGCUUAUUAGAAUCCGCGCAUCCUCCCUCCAUUAGCGUUAGGGUUUCUCUGCUGCGUCUGCUCCGAUGGGUAAGGGUACAGGGAGUUUCGGUAAGAGGAGGAACAAGACCCACACGCUAUGUGUGAGGUGCGGCCGCCGCAGCUUCCAUCUCCAGAAGAGUCGCUGCUCCGCCUGUGCUUACCCAGCUGCCCGCUUGAGGAAAUAUAACUGGAGUGAGAAGGCUAUCCGCCGAAAGACCACUGGAACUGGAAGGAUGAGGUACCUCCGUCAUCUUCCCCGCAGGUUCAAGAGCGGCUUCAGAGAGGGUACUCAAGCUGCACCAAGGACAAAGGGAGUUGCAGCUUCCUCUUAAGAUGAGAAGUCCUUUCGGGGUGCACAAUGCUUAGCAGAGCCUCUAGUCAUUGUGUUGGUUAAAAGUUUUACCAGAACAUUGUUUUAUGUUAUUCACUUUUUGAUGGUCUGUUUAGAGGGAAACUUUAGUCUUUCGAAGAUUGUAGUUUCUGUGGGAGAUUUCUGGGACAAUGUAUUUUGUUAAAGGUUCCUAUUGAGUAUCUGAAUUUUGGCUAAUGUGGUUUUGAUGGUGCAAGUUCUGGGAAAUGUUUUCAUCACUAUUGUCGUCUUUCCUCUGCUUGGUAGAUUAUGAUUCAUGUUAUCUUUGUAGUUGCUGUCAUUUGCUCGUUGUUUUGCUUAAUUGGUGAGCAAAAAAAUGUAUUAAGUAUGUCGCCUUUGGUUGUUGGUAUGGUAAUAUCAUUAGGUAGAGGAGAAUGAUGGAGUUUCUCGAUUGCAAAGAGAUGAAUGAAUUUGAUUGGUAGCCCUUCUUAGUCUGAUGAAAGUGAUCCAGGCAUUUAGUUGCAAAAAAGACAUCUUAGCAAUAAGUAGCUUCUUAACUCUCAAGACGAAGUGUUCUUGUUUGCUGCUGACUAUAAUUUGUAUUUUGUAACUCUCCACUGACCAGUGGUGUUAACCAAUUAUAUUUCAAUCGGCAUCCUGAGAAUGUGAAGAAUGAAAUGGGAUGUGGGUA